AUGGAGUGGAGUACAUGUACACUCUGUGUUCUGGUCUUGGCUAUGACCUGUGGCCUCCAGGUGAACGCCAUAAAGGUACACCAAAGAAACCAUGUUGACAACAUCUGUAGCAUUUGGGGAAAUUUUCACUUCAAGACGUUUGAUGGAGAUGUGUACCAGUUUCCCGGCACUUGCGAAUAUAACCUGGUCUCUGACUGCCAUGGACCUAUGCAGAGUUUCUCAGUGCAUGUAAGAAGAGCAGGGACAUCUCUGAACCCACAGAUCACCAGAGUUCUGGUUACCAUAGGAGACAUGGCUAUUGAGCUCACCAAAGGUCUGGUCAUGAUAAAUAAGGAUAUUGUUACACUGCCACAUUAUGUAGCAGGGGUGUUGUUGGAAGAGAACUCUGUCUACACUAAACUUUAUGCCAAACUGGGCCUCAGUGUUACAUGGAACAAAGACGAUGCAGUCAUGGUGGAACUGGACACAAAGUAUUCAAAUCGUACCUGUGGGCUUUGUGGAGAUUUCAAUGGCAUUGCUAUUUAUAAUGAGUUCCUGAUUGAUGCUCGUGUGAUUAGCUCCAUUGAGUUUGGUAACAAGCACAAGGUCCACAGCCCGAACAACUUCUGUGAAGACCCUUAUGAAGAACUUGUUGAUGAUCAAAGUAAAGUGGACAAGUGCCAAAAGUUUAGAUCAGACUGCUCACAACUGCUUGAGGAUAAAUCAUGGUCCUCCUGUAGGAUGGUUUUGAGUGCUGAGCCUUAUAUCCAGGCCUGUAUGUUGGACAUGUGUCAUGCUCAGCCAGGAGAUACUGAGCACACAGAGCCUCUUUGUACCACACUGUCUGAGUAUUCUCGCCAGUGCUCCCAUGCAGGGGGGACACCACCCAACUGGAGAACACCAACAUUCUGUGAGGUUCAGUGUCCCUUCAACAUGGUGUACUCUGAGAGUGGUUCCCCUUGCAUGGACACCUGCAUACACACAGACACCAGUUCACUGUGUGAGGAACACAAGAUGGAUGGCUGCUUCUGCCCACCUGGUACUGUGUUUGAUGAUAUCUCUAAAAGAGGCUGUGUUGCUCAGGAGAAAUGCCAGUGUAAGCACAACCAAGUGUACAACCCAGGUGAUGUGCUUCUCAAGGGUGAUGAAGAAUGUGUGUGUGAUCAGGGAAGGUGGAAUUGUAAGACUUUGUCAAUCCCAGCUCUAUGUGCUGUAGAGGAGGGUUCCCACUUCACCACCUAUGAUGGCAAAAAAUUUACCUUUCAUGGAAACUGCUACUACGUUCUUUCUAAGGACUGUGUGGACUCUAAGUUCAUUAUUUUGGGUCAGCUUAUUCCUUGUGUUACCCAGCAAACAGACACCUGCCUGAAGUCCAUUGCAUUACUACUCAACAAGGACAGGAGUAAUGUCUUAAUCAUCAAAGACGAUGGCAUAGUAAGGCACAAUGGAGAAAUAACACUCCCUUACAAGACAACUGAAUUCACUGUGUUUAGACCAUCAUCCUUCAACAUCAUACUGCAAACCUCUUUCGGGCUGCAGAUACAGGUGCAGUUGGUUCCACUCAUGCAGCUCUAUAUCACCCUGGAUCAGAGCUUCCAGUCCAAGACCUGCGGUCUGUGUGGCAACUUCAACAUGGUGCUGUCUGAUGAAUUGAAGACUCCACAAGGUUUAGUAGAAGGAACAGCAGCUUCCUUUGGAAAUUCCUGGAAAGCACAAUCCAACUGUCCUGACAGCACUGAGAUGCUUGAUGACCCCUGCAGCUACAACAUUGACAGUGAGAGCUAUGCAGAGCACUGGUGCUCUAAAUUAAAGGACAAGGAGGAACCUUUUGCCAAAUGCCACUCCACUGUUAACCCAGAAAACUACUACAAGAGAUGUAAAUACUCAAGUUGCACAUGUGAGAAGAGCGAGGACUGUCUGUGUGCUGUCUUCUCUUCCUAUGCGCGAGCCUGCAUGGCAAAGGGGGUAUUCUUGCAAGGAUGGAGAAACACAGUGUGUGAAAGGUAUGCUGAAAGCUGCCCAGCUUCCCAGGUUUUUUCCUACACGCUUCAGGGCUGCCAGCGCACAUGUGAUUCCCUCAGCUCAGAACGACAGGGCUGCAGCACUGACUUUGUGCCCGUGGAUGGGUGUGCUUGUCCAGAUGGGCUCUAUGAGGAUAAGGAUGGUUUUUGUGUGCCCAUGGACAAAUGCCCCUGUUAUCACAAUGGAGAGCACAUUAAUUCUGGCAAGUCGAUCAACAUCAAAAAUGAACACUGUGUUUGUACAAAUGGAAAGCUUCACUGCCACUCCUGGAGGUCCCGUAUUGCAGAAUGUCCAGAGCCGAAGGUCUUCUUUAACUGCACUGCAGCAGGGCCAGACGAGCAUGGGUUAGAAUGUGCAGAGACGUGUGCACAGGAGAACAUUGAUUGUUUCCUUGCAGAUUGUGAGUCUGGAUGUCAGUGUCCUAAAGGUCUGUUGGAUGAUGGCCGUGGUCACUGUGUUAAGAAGCAUGAUUGUCCUUGCAAACACAAUGAUCACUUUUAUGCUGGAGGUUCAGAAAUAACAGACGAGUGCAAUACAUGCACCUGUAAACAGGGCAAGUGGGAGUGUACUAAUAAAAAAUGCCCUGGGACCUGCACUAUAUAUGGGAGUGGUCAUUACAACACUUUUGAUAAGCAGACAUAUGGCUUCAGUGGAGAUUGUGGGUACAUAGCUGUCCAGAACAAGUGUGGCAGUAAGACAGGAACAUUUCGUGUGACCACAGAGAAUGUACCCUGUGGGACAACAGGAACCACUUGUUCUAAAUCUGUUCGGAUCUUUUUGGGAAACAGACUGCUGGAAUUAAAAGAUGGCAAUGUAACAUAUCAUGAACUUGAAACUGGUCCAGUUAUCAAGUUCACUGUAAGAAAUGUGGGCCUUUACCUGGUCAUUGAGACUUACAUUGGCCUUUCAGUGCUGUGGGACCGUAAAACAACAGUUCGCAUUAUUUUGCAACCCCAGCAUAUGGGAGAGGUUUGUGGGUUGUGUGGAAACUACAAUGGAAAUGGCAAAGAUGACUUUAUCACUCAAGGCCAGCUGCAAGUUUCUGAUGUUAUGGAGUUUGUAAACAGCUGGAAAGUAUACAGCCUGUGUCCUGAUGCGGUGCCAGACUUUGAUCCAUGCAUUGCAACACCUAACCGACAUACUUGGGCAAAAAUGCAGUGCAGCAUCAUCAAAUCUGACACAUUCAAAGACUGCCACAGCGAGGUGGAUGCUACUCCAUAUUUUGAUAACUGUGUAAGGGAUUCAUGUGCAUGUGAUACUGGUGGUGACUGUGAGUGUUUCUGCACUGCUGUGGCAGCCUAUGCUCAAGCCUGUAAUGAAGCUGGAGUCUGUGUGGCCUGGAGAACGCCAGAGAUAUGUCCUGUGUUCUGUGAUUUCUACAAUCACCAUAAUGAGUGCAUAUGGCACUACAGUCCCUGUGACACACCAUGCUACAAAACCUGCUUAAGCCCUACAGACAUCUGCACCAAUCCUUUACCCAAUUUGGAAGGAUGUUAUCCAAAAUGUCCAGAGGACAAGCCCAUUUUUGAUGAGAAGAAUCAGAUGUGUGUUGAGAAAUGUGAAGGAUGCUUUAUCAAUGGAACAGAGUAUGAAGAAGGGGAGGAAAUACCAAGUAAAAUACCGUGCAGUGUAUGUCACUGUGGUGAAAAUGGAGAGAUAAGUUGUUCACAACGACCAGGGUGCUGCUUUUACAAUGGAACAGAAUAUGGUGAAGAUGAUGUCAUUUACAAUGUAACAGACAACAUGGGAACAUGCUACUAUGCCAUCUGUCUAAACAGCACAGUCAUUGAAAGCAGCUUACCUUGCCCACCAACCACCUUACCACCAACUCUAUCAACACCAAUCACAAGCACAUUAACUACAGAAGCUUUAACUACUACGGAACUUCCUUUCACAUCAACUACACCCUUCAUAGAAACCGUCUCAUCUACAACAUUUAUAUCAACGGGAACAACAGCAGAAACACCCACUACUGGUUAUACAGAAACAUCAACUACUAGAGUAACAGAAUCCACUUCAACAACAGAGUCUGAAACAACACCAUGUGUCAUAUGUGAAUGGUCUGAAUGGUUCAAUGUGUAUAACCCCACAACAGGAGGAGGCCAUGAUUUAGAAACAUAUGAAAAUAUCAAAAAUAGUGACAAGACAAUAUGUGAACAUCCAGAAGACAUCGAGUGUAGGGCUGUAGUCAAACCUGAUGUGCCUUUUGAUGAAUUUAUAGCUAGUACAGGACAGGUUGUGCAAUGCAAUGUUUCCUUUGGAUUAGUUUGUGAACAAGAGAAACAGCCAGAGCGUCCAUACAAAUGUUUUGACUAUAAAAUCAGAGUACUUUGCUGUGGACCCUGUAUUGCAACAUCAACCCCACCUCCUGGUACAGCAUCAACAUCAAUAGGAACAACACAAACCUUAUCAACAUCAGUGGUUACAACUGAAUCAACAACCUCACAACUAACAACCACAACUGGACCGCCUAUUUCAACAACACCAGCUGAGGACAUCACAACUACUAUACCACUUGAGCCAACAUCCACAAGUGAAAAGACUACCAAAGCAACAACUACUCCAGUCAUUACAACUGAAUCAACAACAUCACAACAAACAACAACAGGAUUGCCAGGAUCACCUUCUAUAUCAACAACACCAGCUGAAGUCAGCACAACACCUAAACUAACUGAGCCAACAUCCACAAGUGAAAAGACUACCAAAGCAACAACUACUCCAGUCAUUACAACUGAAUCAACAACAUCACAACAAACAACAACAAGCUUGCCAGGAUCACCUUCUACAUCAACAACACCAGCUGAGGACAUCACAACUACUGUACCACUUGAGCCAACAUCCACAAGUGAAAAGACUACCAAAGCAACAACUACUCCAGUCAUUACAGCUGAAUCAACAACAUCACAACAAACAACCACAAGCUUGCCAGGAUCACCUUCUAUAUCAACAACACCAGCUGAGGACAUCACAACUACUGUACCACUUGAGCCAACAUCCACAAGUGAAAAGACUACCAAAGCAACAACUACUCCAGUCAUUACAACUGAAUCAACAACAUCACAACAAACAACAACAAGCUCGCCAGGAUCACCUUCUAUAUCAACAACACCAGCUGAGGACAUCACAACUACUGUACCACUUGAGCCAACAUCCACAAGUGAAAAGACUACCAAAGCAACAACUACUCCAGUCAUUACAACUGAAUCAACAACAUCACAACAAACAACAACAAGCUUGCCAGGAUCACCUUCUAUAUCAACAACACCAGCUGAGGACAUCACAACUACUGUACCACUUGAGCCAACAUCCACAAGUGAAAAGACUACCAAAGCAACAACUACUCCAGUCAUUACAGCUGAAUCAACAACAUCACAACAAACAACCAGAAGACCACCAGGACCAACGACAUUUACGACCACAACCCCACCAGUUGGGUCACAAGGUGUUUAUACAAGUUCAACAAAUUUACCUGAAGUCAGUACAACAGUACAGUACAAUAGUUCUCCAGUAAUUACGACUCAGGUAUCAACAACAGUUAAAGUCAUUACUACAACUGAGCCACCAUCCACAACUGGAAAAACUACCAAAGCAACAACUACUCCAGUCAUUACAACUGAAUCAACAACAUCACAACAAACAACAACAAGCUCGCCAGAAUCACCAGGAUCACCUUCUAUAUCAACAACACCUGCUGAGGGCACCACAACUACUAUACCACUUGAGCCAACAUCCACAAGUGAAAAGACUACCAAAGCAACAACUACUCCAGUCAUUACAACUGAAUCAACAACAUCACAACACACAAUAUCAACAGGGCGACCUGUUGUAUCAACAACACCAGUUGGAACAACCGCAGAAACACCCACUACCGGUUAUACAGAGACAUCAACUACUAGAGUCACAGAACCCACUUCAACAACAGAGUCUGAAACAACACCAUGUGUCAUAUGUGAAUGGUCUGAAUGGUUUAAUGUGUAUAACCCCACAACAGGAGGAGGCCAUGAUUUAGAAACAUAUGAAAAUAUCAAAAAUAGUGGCAAGACAAUAUGUGAACAUCCAGAAGACAUCGAGUGUAGGGCUGUAGUCAAACCUGAUGUGCCUUUUGAUGAAUUUAUAGCUAGUACAGGACAGGUUGUGCAAUGCAAUGUUUCCUUUGGAUUAGUUUGUGAACAAGAGAAACAGCCAGAGCGUCCAUACAAAUGUUUUGACUAUAAAAUCAGAGUACUUUGCUGUGGACCCUGUAAUGCAACAUCAACCCCACCUCCUGGUACAGCAUCAACAUCAAUAGGAACAACACAAACCUUAUCAACAUCAGUGGUUACAACUGAAUCAACAACCUCACAACUAACAACCACAACUGGACCGCCUAUUUCAACAACACCAGCUGAGGACAUCACAACUACUAUACCACUUGAGCCAACAUCCACAAGUGAAAAGACUACCAAAGCAACAACUACUCCAGUCAUUACAACUGAAUCAACAACAUCACAACAAACAACAACAAGCUCGCCAGAAUCUCCAGGAUCACCUUCUAUAUCAACAACACCAGCUGAGGACAUCACAACUACUAUACCACUUGAGCCAACAUCCACAAGUGAAAAGACUACCAAAGCAACAACUACUCCAGUCAUUACAACUGAAUCAACAACAUCACAACAAACAACAACAAGCUCGCCAGAAUCUCCAGGAUCACCUUCUAUAUCAACAACACCAGCUGAGGACAUCACAACUACUAUACCACUUGAGCCAACAUCCACAAGUGAAAAGACUACCAAAGCAACAACUACUCCAGUCAUUACAACUGAAUCAACAACAUCACAACAAACAACCAGAAGACCACCAGGACCAACGACAUUUACGACCACAACCCCACCAGUUGGGUCACAAGGUGUUUAUACAAGUUCAACAAGUUUACCUGAAGUCAGUACAACAGUACAGUACAAUAGUUCUCCAGUAAUUACGACUCAGGUAUCAACAACAGUUAAAGUCAUUACUACAACUGAGCCACCAUCCACAAUUGGAAAAACUACCAAAGCAACAACUACUCCAGUCAUUACAACUGAAUCAACAACAUCACAACAAACAACAACAAGCUCACCAGAAUCACCAGGAUCACCUUCUAUAUCAACACCAGCUGAGGACAUCACAACUACUGUACCACUUGAGCCAACAUCCACAAGUGAAAAGACUACCAAAGCAACAACUACUCCAGUCAUUACAACUGAAUCAACAACAUCACAACAAACAACAACAAGCUCGCCAGAAUCUCCAGGAUCACCUUCUAUAUCAACAACACCAGCUGAGGACAUCACAACUACUAUACCACUUGAGCCAACAUUCACAAGUGAAAAGACUACCAAAGCAACAACUACUCCAGUCAUUACAACUGAAUCAACAACAUCACAACAAACAACAACAGGAUUGCCAGGAUCACCUUCUAUAUCAACAACACCAGCUGAAGUCAGCACAACACCUAAACUAACUGAGCCAACAUCCACAAGUGAAAAGACUACCAAAGCAACAACUACUCCAGUCAUUACAACUGAAUCAACGACAUCACAACAAACAACAACAAGCUCGCCAGGAUCACCUUCUAUAUCAACAACACCAGCUGAGGACAUCACAACUACUGUACCACUUGAGCCAACGUCCACAAGUGAAAAGACUACCAAAGCAACAACUACUCCAGUCAUUACAGCUGAAUCAACAACAUCACAACAAACAACAACAAGCUCGCCAGGAUCACCUUCUAUAUCAACAACACCAGCUGAGGACAUCACAACUACUGUACCACUUGAGCCAACAUCCACAAGUGAAAAGACUACCAAAGCAACAACUACUCCAGUCAUUACAACUGAAUCAACAACAUCACAACAAACAACCAGAAGACCACCAGGACCAACGACAUUUAUGACUCAGGUAUCAACAACAGUUAAAGUCAUUACUACAACUGAGCCACCAUCCACAACUGGAAAAACUACCAAAGCAACAACUACUCCAGUCAUUACAACUGAAUCAACAACAUCACAACAAACAACAACAAGCUCGCCAGAAUCACCAGGAUCACCUUCUAUAUCAACAACACCAGCUGAGGACAUCACACCUACUAUACCACUUGAGCCAACAUCCACAAGUGAAAAGACUACCAAAGCAACAACUACUCCAGUCAUUACAACUGAAUCAACAACAUCACAACAAACAACAACAAGCUCGCCAGAAUCUCCAGGAUCACCUUCUAUAUCAACAACACCAGCUGAGGACAUCACACCUACUAUACCACUUGAGCCAACAUCCACAAGUGAAAAGACUACCAAAGCAACAACUACUCCAGUCAUUACAACUGAAUCAACAACAUCACAACAAACAACAACAAGCUCGCCAGGAUCACCUUCUAUAUCAACAACACCAGCUGAGGACAUCACAACUACUAUACAAGUUGAGCCAACAUCCACAAGUGAAAAGACUACCAAAGCAACAACUACUCCAGUCAUUACAACUGAAUCAACAACAUCACAACAAACAACAACAAGCUCGCCAGAAUCUCCAGGAUCACCUUCUAUAUCAACAACACCAGCUGAGGACAUCACAACUACUAUACCACUUGAGCCAACAUCCACAAGUGAAAAGACUACCAAAGCAACAACUACUCCAGUCAUUACAACUGAAUCAACAACAUCACAACAAACAACAACAAGCUCGCCAGGAUCACCUUCUAUAUCAACAACACCAGCUGAAGUCAGCACAACACCUAAACUAACUGAGCCACCAUCUACCACUGAAAAGACUACCAAAACUAGUGGUCCAAUCACAACACCAUGUUUCUGUGUUAUAAAUGGAAAACACUAUAAACCAGGAGAAACUAUAAUUAGUAACGCUGACAUAGGCUCAGGUAUUUGUCUAACCAUGAUUUGUUCUAAUAACUGUGUAAUCCAAAACACAACACAGAUAUGUCCUACUCCAUCAACUUCACCACCUCCAUCCAAAAACUGCUCAGAUUGGGGAGUAGGCGAAAAUGAAGUAUUUGAGAUCUGUAACUGCACUUGGGCUAGAUGCAUUGAGGACAAUAUUGUUGAGAUUAUCCCUUACGAGUGUCCACCUCCUAAGAACAUUACUUGUUCUAAUCGCAAGACGCCUGUUUUGGUGCCUGAUGAGAGCCACUGCUGUGAAGAAUAUGCUUGUGACUGCUUUUGUGAAGGCUGGGGUGAUCCUCAUUAUAUAACAUUUGAUGGACUGUUCUACAGUUUCCAAGGAGAAUGCACAUAUGUUUUAUUUGAGGAAAUGAGACCUAAACACCAUUUGAAAAUCUACAUUGACAACAUUAAUUGUGACCCUCUAGAGUCUGUGUCCUGUCCCAGAGCUAUUAUUGUGUCCUACAAAACACAGGUCAUCACACUGAAAAACAACAACCUUAUAGGAGAAGCCAAGCUAGAGGCUUUAUUAGGGCAUACUUCCAUGCCAUUACCGUUUGUUACCAGUGGAAUUAAAGUGCUAGAUUCAGGAUUGAACUUCAUUCUGGAGAUUCCACAGCUUGGUGUUGUGGUAAUGUUUGGGGUCACUGGGUUCAGUGUCACGCUGCCAUUCAGGCAUUUUGGGAACAACACGCAAGGACACUGUGGUACCUGCAACAACAAUAAGGACGAUGACUGCAUGUUACCAGGGGGAAAACUUGUAAAUGACUGUGCAUUAAUGGCAAACUACUGGCCAGCUAAAGACUUGUAUAAUCCAGAGUGCCCUGAGCCGCCAUUGUUGCCACCCACUGCUGCACCCACAAAACCUCCAUGCCCUGUUAACCCUGUGUGUGAGCUUUUGAAAAGCGAUGUGUUUAAAGCCUGCCAUCCCUUCGUCUCCCCUGAGAACUACUUUACAGGAUGCCAGUUUGACAGUUGUCAUAUGAGCAACCCAGCUGUGGUGUGCACAAGUCUGCAGACCUACGCCUUGACCUGCUCGCAAUUUGGCAUCUGCAUAAACUGGAGGAUCCAUUCUGAUCUGUGCGCUCAUACCUGUCCAAAAGACAAAGUGUACAAACCCUGUGGACCAGCUGAACCUCCAACCUGCAAAGACAGAAUUGGUGAUCAAGUUGUGAAUGUGACUACUGAAGGUUGCUUCUGUCCUGAGGGCACACUGCUUUUUAGUAAGGAGUCAGGAGUGUGUGUUGACAAGUGUGGCUGUCUGGAUUCCGGUGGCAAUGCACGAGAGUUUGGAGAGAAGUUUGAGUAUAUGUGCCAGGACUGUGUUUGCAAUGAGCCAACUCAAUCUGUGAUCUGUAAACCAAGACAAUGUUCAAACAACAACCAAAUUACCUGCAGUGAACCUGGAAACAUUUUGGUCAAUGUGACAGAUCCAGAGGACGACUGCUGCACUAUGCUAUCUUGCCGCUGUGACAGCGGCACGUGUCCCAUUGCAGAGAACAAGUGUAAGAUUGGUUAUAUUCCUGUGCUCACAGUACCAGACGGAAAAUGCUGCCCCGAGUAUACUUGCGAGCCAAAGAAGGUCUGUGUUCACAGAAACAUGGAAUAUAAGCCUGGUACUACAAUCCCUGUUGUGGACUGCCAGGAGUGUCACUGCACCUGGAAUGUAGAUCCACAGACACUGCUGUACAGGAUCCAGUGUGGAUUUGUGACUUGUAACGAGACGUGUGAGCCAGGACAUGAGUAUGUGGAAACAUCUUCUGAUGAAUGCUGUGGAAAUUGUGUAAGGACCAUGUGUGUUUUUAACUACAAGGGUAAAACACAGCUACUGAAGAGUGGAAAAGAAUGGACUCCCAAAAAUGAGGCCUGUGACAGGUUUAUCUGCGACUAUAUUGAUGGAGAAUAUGUAGUCACUAACUACAAGAUCCACUGCCCAUCAUUUAACAUUGACAACUGCCAGCCUGGUACAGUGCAGUUUGCUGCUGAUGGCUGUUGUCAAACUUGUGUGGAGAAGGACAAGGGAUGUAAAGUGCAAACCGUUGUUGAACACAUCACUCAUAACAACUGUAAGUCAAAAAGCAAAGUGGAACAAACACACUGUCAGGGACACUGCAACAGCUACAGCAUGUACUCUGAGGCGGGCUCGUCCUCGUGUAGCUGUUGUCAGGCUAGCCGCAGUAGUAAUCGAACAGUGAGUCUGGACUGUCUGAAUGGAGAUACGAUAUCACAUACUUAUGUCCACGUGGAGGAGUGCAGUUGUGACAAUACCAAAUGUCUUUCCAACACAUACUCGCGCAAAGGACAGACCCUUCGGAAACGCAGCUCCAAAAUCCCCUGAACAGCAAUUUUUUAACCAUCCUUAACAACUGCUGAAUAUUUCUUGGCUGUGAUUUUAGCUGCUAAACCUCAGAUCUUUUUCAUAGAUGUCUUUUAAAAUAGCAGAGUGUUUAAUUUUUUCUUUUAAUAAUUGUUAAAGCUGUUUA